CAGGCGGGCCGGGCGGACGGCGGCGAGGGCGGGUCUUUCCGGGCACGAUGCCGUCCCCCUUCUCGGUCACCUCUUUCCCCGUCAGCAUUCCCGCCGUCAUCACGCAGACAGACUGGACGGAGCCCUGGCUCCUAGGCCUGGCCGCCUUCCACGUGCUCUGCCUGCUGCUCACCUGUCUCUCGUCCCGGCGAUAUGAACUGCAGGUCGGACAUUUCCUGUGCCUCGUAACAUUAGUCUAUUGUGCUGAAUACAUCAAUGAAGUGGCUGCCAUGAACUGGAGGUUAUUUUCAAAAUACCAGUAUUUCGAUUCGAGGGGGAUGUUCAUUUCGCUCGUGUUCUCGGCGCCGCUGCUCCUCAACGCCAUGAUCAUUGUGAUCAUGUGGGUGCAGAAGACUUUGAACGUGAUGGCUGACCUGAAGAGCCUGCAGGAGGUGGUGAGAGAGAGGAGGAGGGGGAGAAAAAACGACUAGCGGCAGAGCGAGUGCCAUUUUCCUGGGAAACUUCCCUCCACCACCCUCUCAGAACCAAAGCGCACACGUCGCAGGCCUUGUCCCCGCAGCGACGUCAUUUGUAAAGAUGGUUUUCAUCGAGACACAGUUUUGUCUGCGACUAAUUAUGCUCAGACUCAAGUUGUCUUUGUCGUUUAUCUAACACGGGGUUGCUGCAGGAAUUACGAUGCAUAAUGAUACCUCACAAGCAGUAGCAUCUGCCAGGAACGGACAGGUUCUGAACCAGGGCCAGGUGCGUUGCGGCUGCUCGAAUGAAGCCCACAUGUAGCUGAGGUGGAACUUUUUAGAGCUGGUUCUCGGAAGAGUUGCUUCCAACCAAGAGCUGGUGUCCAGCUGCAGCGCGGAUUGAAAGUCCCUGUCGCUACAUCGCGAUGCUGUGGGCAAGGUGGUCUCCUUCACGGGCCGCUGCCCAGCUUUUUCCUCCAGCAGAGCAGCAUCGCCGUGGCCGGAGCUGAGGCCCAGGGUCUUUGGGGACCCUUUGGGAUCAGCACAGUGGCCUUGCCCAGACCAAGCCCCGGCAUGGAUUUGAAGUUAAAUGACUUCAGUGUAAAAACACGACAGUAGGUUUUGUUCCCUGUGUGAUAUAUUUGGAACAGUUAUGUCAUAAAUCAAAAUAGUAAAUUCAGUGGAUAUGAGAGCAGUUUUGAGUAUUGGAAUUUCAUUUUAUAGUGAAAGUCACAUUACAUAGUAGAUUCAGACAGUUUACAUUUUGACAAUAUAAAAGUCUGUUCAAGAAUCUCUCAGUACAAUUGGUGUCUAAUAAAGAUUCACAUUUUUGAAAUGCA